UAUUUUUAGUAGUGAUUGUUGUAGAAAUGUGAGGAAGUUCCCCAGAAGAAACUAUGAAAAAUAGAAAAAAUAAGACGAACAAUGAAUAACAUGGACUAUAAAAGGUUUCUGUAAUAAUACGAGACAGAAACCUUGAUUUAAAGUGUAUAUAUUACUAAAGAAGACAAUAAUCGCCUUAAGUAUGGGACAAAAUAGGAAAAAGGGGCCAGCGCUGUCCAAAGAGGAGCUGCGCAUGCUUACUGUGGGUGAGAUUGUACAAGAACUGAUAAAAGCACAGAAGGAACAGCGUGAUGUAAACCUCAACAAGCUGAAGACACGUAUAUCCUCUAAGUAUGGCCUCCAGUCCUCGCCUAGACUCGUGGACAUCAUAGCUGCUGUGCCACAACAACACAAGAAGGUUCUCCUUCCCAAACUUCGUGCUAAACCUGUCCGUACAGCUUCUGGGAUCGCAGUCGUGGCUGUGAUGUGUAAACCUCACCGCUGUCCUCACAUUAAUAUGACGGGCAAUAUCUGCGUCUACUGUCCAGGUGGACCUGAUUCUGAUUUUGAGUACUCGACUCAGAGCUACACUGGGUAUGAGCCAACGUCCAUGAGAGCCAUCAGGGCCAGAUACAAUCCAUAUUUACAAACCCGACACAGAGUAGAGCAGCUACAGCAGUUGGGUCACAAUGUUGACAAAGUAGAAUUUAUAGUGAUGGGUGGGACAUUUAUGGCUCUCCCGGAGGACUAUAGAGAUUACUUUAUCCGCAACCUGCACGACGCACUGUCUGGUCACACAUCCACAAAUGUUGCUGAAGCUGUCAAGUACUCAGAACGCAGCAACACCAAGUGUAUAGGAAUUACCAUAGAAACACGUCCUGACUACUGCUUGAAGCGCCACCUCUCUGACAUGCUCAAGUAUGGCUGCACGAGAUUGGAGAUUGGUGUUCAGUCUGUGUAUGAAGAUGUUGCCAGGGAUACAAACAGGGGACACACUGUGAGGGCAGUGAGUGAGAGUUUCCACUAUUCCAAAGAUGCUGGCUUUAAGGUGGUGUCUCACAUGAUGCCAGACUUACCCAAUGUUGAUUAUGAGAGAGACGUGGAACAGUUUAUUGAAUUCUUUGAAAAUCCAGCCUUUAGACCAGAUGGGCUGAAAAUCUACCCAACUCUGGUUAUUCGUGGCACUGGUCUCUACGAGCUGUGGAAGACAGGACGAUACAAGAGUUACCCUCCUAAUACCUUGGUCGACUUGGUGGCCACAAUACUCUCACUUGUGCCUCCUUGGGUCCGUGUUUACAGAGUUCAGAGGGACAUUCCGAUGCCUCUGGUUAGUUCUGGAGUAGAGCAUGGAAACCUAAGGGAACUUGCUUUGGCCCGCAUGAAGGAUCUUGGUACGGAGUGUCGAGAUGUACGCACCCGUGAAGUUGGCAUCCAAGAAAUCCACCACAAAGUCCGUCCUUACGAGGUAGAGUUCAUCCGACGUGAUUAUGUAGCUAAUGGGGGAUGGGAGACUUUUCUAGCUUAUGAAGAUCCAGAACAAGACAUCUUGGUUGGAUUGCUCCGCUUAAGGAAAUGCACGGAUCAGAUUUUCAGGCCGGAGUUGGUGGGUGGAGUGUCAAUAGUACGAGAGCUUCAUGUCUAUGGGUCAGUCGUGCCGGUGAGUUCUCGUGACCCAACCAAGUUUCAGCAUCAGGGCUUUGGCAUGUUGCUAAUGGAGGAAGCAGAGAGGAUUGCCAAGGAAGAACAUGGAUCCCACAAGAUUUCUGUAAUCUCAGGUGUCGGCACUCGCAACUAUUACCGGAAGCUUGGGUAUGAACUAGAGGGACCAUACAUGUCAAAAUUCCUUGUCUGAUUACAAAUUAAAAUGUACAGUGAUAUAAUGAUUAUAAUAAUAAUAAAUUAUCUUUGGGGGUAGAAAUGCAAAAUAUAACUUGAGUAAUUUAUAUACCAUUUUUAUUAGAGAAACUCUUUCCUUUAAUCUAAAUAUUUGACCCUGGACACAACAAUGGUUUUAUGGGAUUUAAUUUUUUAAUACUCAAGCUGUAAUGACAAUUUAUUAUAAACCAUCUAGGAUUACUAAUUCAUUAUUAUCAAUGUUGUGAAACCAUCAAGUUCUGAAAAUUUGGGUCAUAAUCUAUGCUUAUUUCUACUUCAAUUUCAUCUGAAGUUUGAUGGUAUAUUCACUUGAAAGAAUAUGUUUAGAUUAAGUUGGAGAUAGAUAUGAACUCAGCUUUACAUCCAACAGCUUACUGAACACCCUCUGGGUACUGAACUGUAAAAAACAGGAGGAAGAACAGAAUCUCAAUAUUGAGUUUACUGUAUAAUCUUCUUAGCAUUUUUAUGAUAUGAUUGUCAUGCUGGGUUGUUGGAAGUGACAGAGAUACAUUAGAUGGACACUUGGAGCCUUGUUGAGGGAAAGGGAAAACCCCAGGUGAGCACCUUAUUAUGUUAUGGCAAUUAAAGGGAUUGAAUGACACUAAAUAAAUAGAGUUUGUGUUACAUUUUAUUCCUGUUACAGUAUCCAGUUUCAUAACCUUAUGGAUUGUUCAAGCACAGAAAUAUAGCUAAAUAAAAACAAAAACAUUGCAAUUGUU